AAGGAGAGGAACGUAAAUCUCGACGACAACGCAAUUAUGUUGCCGCUGAGGUUACAAUGCUUUAAGCCCGCCGUAGCGGCACGUCAAUUAGGUGUCUGCGCUCGUGCAGCUUUCACCACCGGCACCGGGUCAUUCGCUGACUCCUCCUCCUCCCCUUCCCGUGCAAGCACCACCUCCCCCGCCCCCCGCGCCAACUUUAGCCCCCGCCCGCGCACCCUCUCCCCCGGCAACGAGCGCGCCUCCCAAAACCUCCUCUCGCUGAUCGACCGCACCGCGCAACGCAAGGAGCGUCAGCGCACGCAGCGUACUGCCGCCUACGCGGGCGGGAACUCAGCUGAGGAUCUCGCGCGCCAUAAGACGGCGACGAAGGUCACGAAGCAGAUCUCGCGGCGCUGGAAGACGGGGGAUGUGUACGCGCCGCAUGAUUUGAGCGAGGUGGAGAUGAAGAAGUGGAAGCAGAGGGGGAAGCCGGCGGUGGAUGUUUUUGAUGUGUUGGAGUUGGAUCCGUUGGUGGAGUAUCGCAAUUUCGCGAUGCUUUCGGAGUAUAUGACGCCUAUGGGACGGAUUAUGCACUCGAAUGAUACGGGAUUGCGUAGUAGGAACCAGAGAAAGAUUGCUAAGGCUAUUCGCCGUGCAGUUGGGAUGGGAUUCAUGCCGUCGGUGCAUCGUCACCCGGAGAUCCUGAUGAAGGAGAGCACAAGGAGGAACGAGCCGCUUAGCCGUGAGACGAAGGCUUGAGAGGAUUGAUUUGAUGGAGUUGAGAAUGGCACAUGUAUAUUCAGUUGUGUACAUGGUACGUGGCUUGAGGGGAGAAGCAUUUAGAAGGUCAAUGAAAACACAGGGAUGUCCAUUGUACAAUAUAUAUCUUUUAAGAACACUCUCUCUUAUGUUGUAUUUAUCAAUUCUAUACAAUAUAUCCUAAACCUAUCCAUAAAGGUACUCGAUACACCACACUCAGUUGGGGACAAAUGCUCUCUGCUUUGCAUUGGGUCUGGUGGGCAAAACUGAAAAUCCGAGACGCAGUUCUUUGAUCACCAACCUUCCAGAUUUACCAUCUGACAUACAUCCAACAUUUCCUCUUGAUAAAGUGAGACCUAUGGCAGCUUCUCGAAGAUGCUGCGCAAUUGAAGCCCAUCUAACGGUGUUAGAUGCACAGCUACAGACCAAAAACUGCUCAAUAGAAGU